AAUAAGAUUCGCCCUUAAUAUAUUGGUAUAGCCUUGCAAGGUGUUUGCUGUACCUUGAGAAAGCUGGAGAGUGUGAGGGAUGGGUAGCAAUUCUUGCUUUUCUUUCUUUCUACUUUCGACAAUCAUUUUUCAUUCCCGUUUGAUUUAUGAGGUAGCUGGUGAUCGUGAUCCGCUGAUUGGAUCACAAAGGGAAGCAUUGGAGAUAAUUAUUGGUGUUGGCGGCUAUACUCCUGCUCCUGCUCCUUCCCCUCUAAUCCCUCCAGAACCCAUCUGUCCCCCACCACCGCCACCAUCGCCACCUCCUCCUUUUGCUCCGCCACCGGCAAAAUAUCCCCCAAACAUUUUAAGGGAUUAUAAAACAAUUCAGAAAUUCAAGCAAACAAUAACGAUCGACCCCAUGGGCGUGACAAAAUCAUGGGUAGGCUAUAAUGUCUGUCAUAAAUAUCAGGGCUUUAAUUGUGCUUCAAGGCCUGACACUGGUGUACCAUCUGUGGCAGCAAUAAACUUCAACGGCUACAACUUUAGUGGCCCUGAUUUUCAGAUUCAAGGUUUCGUAGAUAAAUUGUUGGACUUGUCUAUCUUCCACGCAAACUCCAACGGUUUCAAUGGAAAUGUGCCCAAUGAAUUAGAUGUUCAAAACAUCAAUUUCUUAUUCGAGCUCGAUCUAAGCAAUAAUAAGUAUACGGGUGGCUUCCCCAUGUCAGUUCUUGGUGCAACCAACUUAACCUUCCUAGACAUCAGGUUCAACUCAUUUUCUGGGCCAGUUCCAAGAGAAGUGUUCAAUCUAGACCUGGACGUGCUUUUCCUUAACAAUAACCAAUUUAAUCAGCAGCUUCCUGAUAAUAUUGGCUCUUCCCCAGCCGUAUAUCUCACUUUUGCUAACAACCAAUUCUCUGGGACCAUUCCAAGCAGCAUUGGAAGAGCUAAAAAUCUACUCGAAGUGCUUUUCUUGAACAACUUCUUAACAGGAUGUUUGCCAUACGAGAUCGGUUUCUCGAAAAGCCUCACUGUUUUUGAUGCGAGCUGCAACAAACUGACUGGUCCAAUACCGCAAUCAUUUGCCUGCUUGGAACAAAUGCAGUUCUUGAACUUGGCCACGAAUGAAUUUUACGGGCCGGUGCCGGAGAUGGUGUGCAAGCUACCACAUAUGCAAAACUUAUCAUUGUCAGGCAACUAUUUCACUGAGGUAGGACCCGAGUGCAGGAAGUUGAUUCAGUUGAAUAGGCUUGAUGUUAGCAAUAACUGCAUCUCAGACCUGCCAAAUCAGAGAUCUGAAGAAACGUGUAGAGAAUUCUUCUGCAACCCCAAGCAAUGUCCUAAUGAGAAGUCACUCACCAUUGUUCCCUGCAGCAAAAACUAUCCCAGCGCAACGGCCAAGUUUUAUCAGCGAUCAACAUUUGCAGCUACACCACCUAAAUCAUAUGAUGCUCUGUCACCCCAUAUUAAUUUCCGAUUUUAAUUUUUAAAGAUACCCAUUCAAGAUUUGUCUUCUUGAUGGGCAUUUUCGCUAAUGUAUAUGAAUAAAGACGUAACGUUGUAAUUA